AUGAAGGCGCUUAGAGCUGGCUCGAAGGAGGCCGCCUCCUGUCCGGCCAUCAUCUCUGUUGCGGGAACCACGGUGGACCUCCCCCCCGAACAGUGGAAGCAACUCGCAGAGGAUAAGCAUCCUCUCACGGCCCGUCUGUUCGACUUUGUCACCGGGGACGUGGUCGACAAGAAGAGCUCGAACGCGAGCAUGCUCAUUCUGCUUCACCCCGACCACCUGUCGCUUGACGGUGACGAGAUGUGGAACACGCGGUUCGUUCGCGUUGCUAUUCCCACUGGUGGUGCGGAACACGUCACCGCGGCUGAUGCGAUUGUGGAGUGGUUUCAGGGUCGCGUCGACGAGGAUUUUGCGCGCGGCUCCAUUCAGUGCACCCGCUCCCGCCAGCUUAAGGAUCCCGAGCGUCUGUUGGAUCUGGACGCGGCGUCAUUGAAGGGCUCCUGCGGCAACAUCGCUUGUCUGUUCGCUUUCGACAAGAUCCUUGCCCAGUUGGACGCGGUCGCCGCCAGUGGAUCUGGGCUGCAAUUCUCGAGGCCAACCGCGAAGACUCUGAAUGCACUGCGGCACGAGGCGUACCACACCGCAGAAGAGCUCGCGUUCAACUUGAGCGUGGACUUGACGCGACCCAUGCACGGCGGUGAGGCUGAAGGUGCUGAAACGGGGAAUGUGCAUAAAGAGGCUACGGGUGCGCAGGUUGCUGACCAUGGUGUUCUCGCUCUCACAGGUGCCGCUGGUGUUUCGAAUCGCGGAGGUGCUCGGGGGGGGACGGAGGUCCACGCUGAUGACGAAGGGGCCGAGGAUACCGCGACUAAGGGUGCAACCCGCGAUGAGGCUGACCGCGCUGUUGCGCGUGAGGGGGAGGAGUCGAGCGAGGAGGAGGCGGAGGCUCAUGUGGUAGUGGCCGCGGCAUCCAGCAGGCCCGCUACAUCCGGCAAGAGCAUCAAGCACCUCGCGCAGCACUUGGCCCCCGGUGCUGGAAGCGCGGGCUCGAGUGGUGAGGUCGCGGGCAAGAGUCCCGUGACAGGUCCGCGUGAUUACGCGUCCCUGUCCUCGUUGCCAUCGCAUAAGCUUGCUGCCGAGAUCCUGCAGCUCGACUGCAGGCUUGCAGAGCUGGCCGAAGAGAACGCACGGCUGAAGAAACGCCAGGAGUCGGGGGUUGGUGGUGUCGCGGUCGUGGGCUCUGAGGAGCUUGCGUCCGCGCUUGCUAAUGCGGUUCGGGUGUUGGAGAAGGAGGCGAGGGCGAUCGCGCAGGAAAGGGCGGCCCUGGUCGAUACCCGUAACCAGGAGGCGGUGGUGCUGGGGCGAGUGGACGCGAGGCUGGGACAUCUGCAGGGGGUGGUGACAGACUCCAUGGAAGCCGCUCAGAAGAAGCUAACGGACGAGGUUGCGCGGAAGAUCGACAACAUGUCGACCGCGGUCUCCGCGACAGCAGAGCGGGCAAUCACCACCAGCGGGGUCACGAACGCGCUGCGCUCGUUGGAGGAGCCCCCCCUCCGCGCACGGAUAAUGAAGGGACGGCCGCGACGGAGAUUGCCGAGCUCGGGGAUGCAGAGCAUGGAAAGAGGGCAGCGGGACAUGCUGAAGCAGAAGUGGGGCGCUGCAUCGCGAGGUGCAGCACCGACUGGUCAACCGGGUUCGAGCUCGCGCUCCAUCCCACCUGGAGAAGCUGCACCCAAACCACCGGGCCCUGCCGGGGCAACCGCGCCAGUGACAAGUACUGUGGGGCGGGGCAAGGGUAAGGCGGAGGAUGGAGAGGCGCCGGCUGCUGCGCGUUCGCUGGCCUCGAGGCGUGAGGUCCAGUCCGCGGCGGGUGCUGCGGCAGAGGGCAGGCAGACCACGCUCGCACCCGCUCGUGCUGCAAUCACCGCGGGACAUAUGCACAGCGCACUGGCAUCUGCAAGUCCUAUCGCGGCCUCGGUCGAGGGCAAGGCGGAGAAACGCGGACGGGGUGGCAAGAAGUUGCCCACUCCACCCGUGUACACGAUCGACGAGGACGAUGCGGAUGAGGAGCUGGAGGGUCUAGUGAGCAGGUGGGUCGAGGCGGGCGACGGAGGAGAGAAGGAUGGGGAGGCCGCGGUCGAUAUUUAUAGCAGCGGAGAGAGCGCGAGCGGGCAAGAAGGAGACCCCGUGAUCGUGGAAAGUGGCACAACGGGAGGACAUGGUGACACCGGCCCGAAGCGCAAGGGCUGCGGCAUCCGCGCUCCACCCAGAGGCGGGCCAGGAUUGGUUUCUGAACCCCAUCUCGGGGGGAAGAAGCGAUGGCUCGGACACGGCGACCGCGAAGACCUGCAGUACAAGACCGCGAUCGCGAUGUAUCCCUACGACGGGAAGGUCGACCCCGGGCUGAACCUGAGCCAGAAGCAGAUCCGAGAAUGGGCCGCGGACCUGUCUAUCGCAGAGGGGUUACAUACGGGCCUCUUAAUCACCAUGCACCACCGCAACCUCGUGGCAAGCAAGGACAGGUGGCAACGCAUGUUCGAUUCCUACCGCGGGCUUACCAAGCCCGGAAUGCACACCACCAACGUGAUUGCAUGGGCCGCGGUGGUAGGCAAGGAGGCUGCAGCAGAAGAAGCGGAUCUCGGCGACGUGGAGCCGACGGACUACGCGGGAGCGAUCGCAUGCGCCAUUGCAAUGGUGUGGGAGGUCACUCGCGGUUCUAACGUCACUGCCGCGGCGGAUAAUGGAAACCUGGCCGCGCGUGCUGCUGGUUGCUAUGGAGAGCGAAGCCGUCUCUUCCCCGUAGUAUCCGCGUACGUCAUCAAUGCGGUACGGAAGCGCAAUCGCCGCGAGGAAGAUGAGCCACAGGUUGUCGCGGACCCGAAGGCGGUCGCCGCCGCGAUCGUGUCCGGAGUCGUGAACGAGGUCGUGGCAAAGUCUCGCGAUCUCAGGCACAUUGAGUUGGCCGCCUGCGAGACGGUGGACGUUAUCAUCACCUGGUGCGACUGCUCGGUGGCAGGGAAGCAGAUGGAGUCCUUGGGUUUGUACCUUGCCCUGCCCAAGGAUCGACUGAAGAAGCGGACUUGA